ACGGUUCACAAAAAGAGGCAUUUUAUGAGGUUUAAAGAAGAAAAGAAAGUAAGGUUUAGUCUUCCAAGUGUUAGCAGACGCUCAAACCGUCUCCAAAUGUCAUCUAAUCCGAUUAGAAACGUCCAGGAAGAACUCGUAAUUCUCUUCACCUGUCUCGACAGCCAGCUAUAAAUAAUACUUUACGGUGGGUUUAACAAAAUACAAUUUUAUUUUUUACAUGAAUAAUCACUUUUAACAGUUAAAACGAACUAAAUACAGCGAGGUAAAAAGAAAAAAAAACACACACAUGUGGUUUUGAUGGCUAUACAACACUAGAGGGUAGCAGAGUGCAAAGAUUGAAAACCAACAAAGAAGAAAAUCACUUCCUUGUUCGUCGUGGCCAGCUGCUUUAAACACUUUUUAAAAGGUGAAUGUAGUUUUUCUGCUUUAAAAAUGGAUAAAGUAAAGGACAGACGACGGGAGAACACAAGUGUGGCUACUGAGAUCGAUCGCUUGGAGGAGCGACGGGCUCGUUGCCAAGACAACCUGGAGAAGGCGGAGUUUCGAAGCAGGAAGAAGUUGUCAGAGGAGGAGAGGCAAGAAGUGGAAAAAGACAUGGCGUUAAUAACCGAGAGUGUGAAAAAAUUGGACAAGGAGUUACAGAUGUUACGCGGUGAAAACAGGAAGAACACGAUGCUGUCGGUGGCCUUGCUGGCGGCUUGCGCUCUCUUCUACUACAUCUUCAUCUACGACGACGACGCCCAAUGACACCAAAAGCGGGUUUAGUCCCGCUUGUUAGUGUGAAUGGCCUGUAGUGUACAGGACUGACAACUCAUAAAUGAGACCAAACUGAGAGCUAACGAGGGUUGGUUAGUGCCUACUUUCUGCCUCUAGAUGGCAUUAUUGUCACUUGUGUGACCUUUUGAACAUGUGUGGCUGUUUUUUUAACAAAAGGUAAUUUUGUAACAUAAAUAUCACCAAAUGAGCUUAGCAUGAAGUAAAUGCAUAUACUACUUGUGCAUGCUUCUCGUUUUAUUAAAAUAAUAUUGACAUGAGAGAGAGAGAGAGAGAGAGGAGAGAGAGAGCUAAAUAAUUAUCAGAAAAAUAUUAUUGUUAAUUAGGUUUUUUUUCUAGUUGAGAUUGUAUUAUGUUAGUCAUCUGCAGUGCAUUGGAGGAAAAAAGGACAACAUUUAUUUUCCCAUCAAAGCCAUUUGCAGCAGUAAGCAAGCAUGGCUCAUUAAAUGAGUCACUGCUUCAAGAGAAGCCUGAAAUGGUCAACAUUUAAUUGGUUAUCUUCAAAAAUGGAUGUAAACAGGAAAUACUAUGAUAGAGCUAUGUUUGUUUUGUUUUUCAAAAUCAGAAAUAAAGCAUCAGCCUCCACGAAAACAACAUAUUUUUAGUCUUUCUCUGACGAUAAUGCAGGAUAUCAGCAUCUGGCCUAAUGUCAUUCUUAACUAGUAGUUAAACGCUUAACAGAUUUUAAGGGUGGAGUUCCUGAAAAUGCUGCAGGAAAUUGCACCAAAAAUUAAGCUCCUUCCUUGCUUUGGCUAUCCAUCCAUCCAUUUUCUACUGCUUGUCCCUCUCGGGGUUGCGGGG